AUGAAGUGCGGGGUGAAACACGGAGUCCACCUGCUGGUGGUCCUGUUACACCUGGCGUCAGCGCAAGGCAUCCAAUAUGUCUAUGUCAUCGGGGGAUCUUACUACCGUGACCAUACACUGCCUCUAUCUAGAAGCCCGUACAUAGCCAGCCAUGAGAUCAUUGUGGGGGAAGAGGCCACGCUAACUAUAGAGGCUGGUGUUGAAAUCCUGUUCGACGAGGGGGUCGGCAUGACCGUCGUCGGACAACUUCAUGCGGUCGGUACGGCCGACAAACGCAUCGUUUUCGAUCGGAAUGAAAAUCCUCCAAACGACACCAUCCGGAACAUCACUCGGGACCCGAAUGUGCGGCUGGUGGGGCCGACAGUGAACGAGGGGCGUCUGGAGAUCCGCCAUGACGGACAGUGGGGAACUGUAGCAUGCCGACACCUGGGAUUCACCACAGGAAGAGAGGACAGUCAGUACGGUAACGGCAAGGGCAGGAUUACCAUGAGCGACCUUUUCUGCUCUGGGAACGAGAAGAAUCUGUACGAGUGUCGCUACAGAGACAUGGGAACAGCUCCGGACUGUGGGGGUCGGCGAGACCUAGGGGUGGUAUGUGAGGGAAUCAGUCCAGUCAGCUCCACCUAUUGGAACGGAAUCCGACUGGUGCCGUCCUCUGCUGGGACGGUCUCCAGACUCGAACAUGUCGACGUUCUCCAUGCGGGACAAGACGAUGGAACAGGAACAACAGCGGCCAUCAACAUAGAAACAUAUCCACCUGUGCUCAGAGAUGUCAACGUCAAGUACAGUCCAGGUGCAGGGGUCAAGGUUCAGGGAGCAACUACGGAGGUCAACACCGUGGGCUGCAGCAUAGAGGAAAACCAAGGCCCAGGCAUCAUCAUAGAAGACCAAGCUGCAGAUGUCAACAUACAAAACACCAGGGUCUCUAAGAACUUCCCAUACGGUGCUCACAUCACCCGCGGCAGUGCUGGACAAAAAAUUACGUUUACUGAUUCUGCUUUCACUGAGAACUUUGGAACAGGUCUUCUCCUUGAUACAGUCGGAAGUGAUGUUGUAGUAUCAAACAGUAACUUCAGUUCCAACACUCACUUUGGCUUAGACUCCAUCAACAGUAAAACGCUACAGAUUCAGAGCUGUACCCUGAACUCAAAUGGACUGGACGGCGUGUGGAUACAAGACGAAGUAUACACCCUGCCUCAAACCGAGAAGAGCUUUUCUAUCGAUCAGUCUAGCAUAUCAGAGAACCUUCGAAGAGGAGUGACAGUUUCAAUCACCUACCCAUCAUACAACUGCCGUAACCAUCAAACCGCCUUCAACAUCGCAGGCAGCGAAGUUAGCGCGAAUCCAGAAGGAGCCAUAGACAUCAGCGUAGAAAGAUCAACCCGGACAUGUUAUCCACGCGUUCUCCUGGACAACACCGAUUUCAAGACAAAUGGCGGUGACGUUGUUAGCAUUUCAGGAAGCCGGUCCGAUGUUGAAGUGAGGAACAAUACCUUCCAAGAGAACACAUGCGGGCCUAACAAGGUACUCUUUAUCACUGGACAGGAAAAGAAUGUCAGCUGUAUGUCCAACACAUUUCAGCAGAAUUCUUGCAAGCGUUUGGGUCUCUUCGAUGUGAUGGAGUUCGCGAAUGUUGAUGACAUCCAGCAAACGUUUACGGCAAAUGUCUUCAUCAAUAACGACUACGACCCACCGUACCUCUACAGGUCCGACCCGCUCCGUGACUACUGCACGUUGGAGUUCUCAGGAGAAUGGAGACCCAUCAGCAUCACUCACAAUUCCUUCCAGCAGGACGCUUCCCGUUUGGACCUCUGCAGCACCGUUCGGACAGACUCCUGGGAUGGACCCACCAUAGGCGCCACUCACAACUGGUGGGGCACGGACGAUGAAGAAGUCAUACGGGAUAAGAUAUUUGACUACAUCGACUGGAACAGCGGAGCACAAGUCACAUACUCGCCGUUCUUGGACUGUGCAGGUGGAAAUCUUGUUUUCAUGACGAAUCAUUCUCCAUCAGCCGACUCUUUCGGCGGUGUGUUGAAGAGCGAUCUACACAUAUCAAAAGGAAGCAGCCCUGUACUGUUGAAGAGUGACCUAACCAUUCUCCCCGGCGCCACUCUCACACUGGAUCCCGGAGUCGAAGUGAAGGCAGCGCCAGGAGCCGGUAUUCUCAAUCAUGGACACAUCAACAUGGUCGGGUCAGAUACAGAACCUGUUAUCCUGGGUGCACAAAAUAAUGACAACUUAGCCUCCAAGAUCAACUAUCUACGACUGUCAGGUGGUAGUGGAUUAGAGGUGUUUCAUGCUGGAACCUGGAAAUCUGUAUGCUACAAUGACUGGGAUCAUGAGAAGAAAGUGCUCGCCUGUCGACAGCUCGGCCUGGGUCCCCCACGAGACGUCUAUGGAACCUCAGGCUUUGGUCUGCCACAGAAGGUAGUGGUAAGAUGUGCCGGAGGGGAGGAAUCUUUCCAACAAUGUAACUUUUACGACGUGGCAUCAGACAACUUCAGGUGCAGUCGCCAAUCCCGUCUCACCUGCGAACCUACCCCUGGAUGGGGAGGCAUAAAAUCCCACGGCCAAGAUAAGACCAAGGUCGAACACAUUCUGUUCAAAGACAUUGGUCAGCUGCACAACAGCAGAUCGUCAGCUUUGUCUAUUGAGAGUAUCGACAGCGCCAUAACCCUGCAGAAUGUGGAGAUAAACGGGUGCUACCAGUCACGAGCUGGUGUGGAGAUCAUCAGUCCCCCUUCCAAUGUAACAGUCCAACAUCUCACAGCGUCUGCGUGUGAAGCAGAGUCUGUUCUAUCUAUCAACAAUGCUACAGAUUCUCUCACAAUCAACAACGUUGUUAUCACGGCUUCAGGCAGCAGGAUAUUGAGUAACACAGCUGGCAUACGGGUGGAAUCGCGUAUGACCAAUUCGGGUCCAACCGUAGCCAUUUUAAAUACUCUGACAACAGGCAACUAUUACGGCAUGAAGUUAACCGGGGGCCACGGGGACAUCACUAUGGAAAGCAGUGAAUCACGUAGCAAUAGCCGCGGAUUAAACAUACAGCAAUGGACGGGAGAUGUGAAGAUUACCCGAGUAAACGCAACGCAAAAUUCCAAUGGUGUGAAGAUCUCUCACGCAACGGGAAAUGUGAUAAUUAACCAAGUAAACGCAACGCAAAAUUCCAAUGGCUAUGGUGUGGAGAUCGCUCAGGUGACGGGAAAUGUGACAAUUAACCAAGUAAACGCAGCUCAAAAUUCACAUGGUGUGGGCUUCUCUCACGCAACGGGAGAUGUAUGGAUUAUCGCAUCGCAAAAUUACUAUGGUGUGGGCAUCUCUCACUUGAGGGGGGAUGUGAUGAUUAGCCAAGUAAACGCAGAUCAAAAUUCCUAUGCAGGGCAAAAUUCCUACGGUGUGGGCAUCUCUCAUUCGACAGGAAAUGUGAUGAUUAACCAAGUAAACGCAGAGCGAAAUUCCUAUGGUGUGGACAUCUCUUACUCAACGGGAAAUGCGAUGAUUAGUCAUGUAGACACAGGUCACUCUGGUUAUGGUGUGAGCAUGAGCUCUUGGUCGGGAAAUAUAACGAUUAGCAACGUAACAACGGGAGGGAUUUAUCUGUCUUCAGUAAAUGGAAAAGCCACACUUAUGGACAUUGAGGCUUCGGGCAGUAGUGACGGUGCCAUCUUUAUCAGCACAGCUGGUGGCCAUUACUCUGUUACAAAUACAACUGUAAGUAGCAGCAUGGACGCCAGAUUAACAGGAGACAGUAAACUCUAUGUAGAUGAUGUGAACUUUCUGGGAAGCGAACGAGGAGGUGCUCGCAUAAGAACCCAGACCAACGGUGCACAGGAACCUGAAGUGACCAUCACAAACAGUAUCUUCAACACGAACAAACGAUUCGCGCUCCACAUGUCAGGAAUAGCAUCGAAAGUUGAAAUCAUACGAAAUUCAUUCGAAGAAAAUGCUUGUCCUCACGAGAGCAUGGUAGUACUAGAUGCUGUUGCGGAGAUGCAAAAUGUCAGUUUCAACAGAUUUAUCCAAAACAAUGCGAAACGCACAGUCCAUUCAAGUAUUUUGGAAUGGUCGAACAACAUUCGUGAGUCAGAUUGUCUGAUCAGUGAUAACGUCUUCAUCGACAAUUACCACUCCCAUGGAAGCAUCAGGAGCCCUUCCUGUACCCUCCAGUUGGAUGGGUAUCGACGUAACGUCCGUUUCCAUCGUAACGUGUUUGAGAACCCCCUGGUCGAUUAUCAAGUGUGCAGCAACAUACCGGCACGUAGUGCGCAAGGCUUCGUGGAUGGGAGAUUCAACUGGUGGGGAACAAACAUAGAAAACGACAUCAGGGACGCCAUCUUUGACUUUGACGACCGCAACAACCACGCUGUGGUGGUAUAUCUACCGUACUUCACCAGCGGUGACGUAACCGUGACACCACCGACCAAUCAGGUGAGCAGCACCGACAUGCCAUUACCGUUGCUAGGUGGGCGGCUGUACAAGGACCUUCACUUAACUCUUGACAACAGUACAUACACUCUGACCUCCGACUUGACCAUUCUACCAAACGUGACGCUUACCAUAGACCCAGGUGUUGAAGUGCAGGCCUAUCCGUGCGUCGGGCUGCUCAAUCUGGGAACAUUGAUCGCAAACGGAACAAAGCAGCAGCCGAUAAUCUUCGGUCCGGCCUCAAGUGUCCCAGCCAAAUCUAGUUUGUAUAGGCUGACUGAUGGGCUGUACCCAUGGGAGGGGAAAGUUGAGGUGCUUUUCGAAGAACGUUGGUGCAAAGUCUGCUCUUGGAAUUUCCACAAAACGGAUAUCCUAUGUCGAGAACUAGGAUACGGCCCAUCAACUCACAGUUCAAAUUAUGUAAUAGAUCUCGGCGAAGAAUCAGUCAGGCUUGAUUCUGAUCAUGUCAUAGACUGUCAGGGAGACGAGGAAAAGCUGGUCCAUUGUUACCAACGCGACACUGUCUUUACCCGGACACAGUGCUCAGGCAGAAAUGCACUCUUUGUGAGAUGCACACCGAUAUCCACACAUUCAAGAGUUCCAGACACAACAUGCACAUCACAAACAUGGGGCGGGCUAAGGAUGGCAAGUGACGAAUCGUUUCUUCUGAACCAUGUUCAUAUAACAAGCAGUGGAACUUUGCAUUCCAAACCCGCGUCAGGACUGUCUAUUGAAAAGUCAGGUGGACAUAUCUCUAACGUGCUGAUUAAGAACUGUACAGGGUCAGGUCUGGAGAUCUUUGGUCCGGGUUCGGACAUCACAAUUACUGACUCCGAGAUUCAUCAUUGCCAGGCAGAUACUGGCAUCGCGAUCUACGGGUCUCAGAGCGAAGUCCAUGUCAGUAGAGUAACGCUCACCAACAACAGCUUUGUCAAAGGAGGUAUCUCUGUCAACUCAUGGGACGCGUAUGUCAACAGGGAAAACUUUGAAAACGUCAUCGGGAUUUGCGACUCAGAGGAAGACGUAUUCCUUACAGCGGGCGCUUACUUCGUGUAUGAGACCAAAAGCUGUCGGUGUGUGAAGCACAUCCACGCGGGGAAGGGAAAGGAGAUACAGCUGCGGGUUAUCGCAGCAAGGUUCAGCGGGUAUUCAUCUAAGCUGCUUGUGUAUUCCGAUGUAAGCCAACAGAAUCUGCUUGGGGAAGUGGACAGCUGGAAUCAAGGCAACAGCAGAGUCUUCCGUUCACCUGAGGUCAUGAGCCUGAACGCCUUCCUGAUGAAUGGCGGCAGUGUUGAUUAUGUGUACUUGGAGGUUCAAAUUACCGGAUCGUCAGGUCCCUCAAGACGCACGGUUACAGACAGCGUACUAAGUAACAACUAUGGCACUGCAGUCAAUAUCAAAACCAUAAGUGAGUCUGAGAUAACAAUUUCGCGAAGCACACUUAUUGAGAACACACCGUUGACACCAGACAGUUAUGACCGGCAAGCCGUAAUCGUUUUGGACAGCAUGAACACCCACUUCGCGAUCCAGAACAAUUACUUUUUUAACAAUUCAAUGAAGGGACUGAAAUUCAAAAGUUCUGGAAACAGCGAACUUUUCCUUGGACACAAUAUGUUUGAUACCAAUCAGGGCAACGGAACCGUCCACCUUAUUGAUGGGGGCCAAGGCACUUCUCAGGCUCUUAUCUUCGGGAACGACUUUGUCUCUAACGACGCCCCAGGCGAAUUUAGCAUCAUGACCCUGGGGAACACAGCAGGAAGCGUCAAGAAAAAUCAUUUUUAUCGCAACAUUGGCCUGUACAUUGUUGAUUGGCAAGUCCGUGGCCAAAGCCAGAUGUUUACUCACAACCGUCUGGAGCACAACAGCGGGCAGAGGCCGGGGUACAAGCACACCGUGGCCGUGUCGGGGCCUGACGUACAUCUCCAUCAGAACGUCCUCAUCAAUCCCGCGAACGAUGCGGAACUCAUCGCCCUGAGCACCAGAUCACACGCCGAUGUAGAUGCCACAAACAAUUGGUGGGGCUUUAAUGAGUCAACUGUAAUCACUGGUAGAAUCAGAGACAGCAGAGACCUACCGGAGCUCCCAGAUGUCCUGUUCGAGCCAUUCCUAGAAGAGGAACCCGAAAAGGGAAUCUGUCGUUAUCCGUGGUUCCUCGAAGAACAGCUUGGAUACUGCUUUCUGUACAAAAGUGCGGCUCGAACAUUGAAUGACGCCUGGGACUCAUGCAAGGAACAAUAUGCACAGGUAGUAAUGAAGGCCUCAGAUAAGGAGUUGCAAUUUUUAGGUGCUGCACUACAAAGAGAAAUAGAUGACGUCAACUUCGCACUAGAGCCGGAACCAUUUUGGAUGGAUCAGGAGCUCUCCAGUGCCGAACAAGCAUGCCGGGUGUAUCAACAAAACGCAGGUGCUAGCGAUGUCCUGACGGCACAGUGUGAUUCCCGCUAUCCGUUCUUCUGCAAACUGCCUGUCGCGCGCGGCUGUCCCAACGAUUGUUCCCACAACGGUGCCUGCCUUGAGACGACCUGUUACUGUGACAGGGGCUGGAGUGGGUCAGACUGCUCCCGACCAAACUGCCAGGAUCUCGACGAUUGUGGAGAAUUUGGCGUGUGUGUCGGGCCCAAUGUCUGCAGGUGUAGGAACGGGUGGCAGGGACGUGGCUGUACUGUAAGUUACUGCAGCCGGUUCAGCACGUGUAAGUCCUGUGUUCAGUCCGUGGGCUGUGGAUGGUGUGACCAGACUCAGUCCUGUGAAUCAGGCCUGUACGGCGGAGCUGACGUCAUACCGUGUCCUACAUGGUUCUACCACAACUGUUUUACCGUCGGCAACAAGGGGCUCUGUUCGGGCCACAUAGAGGUUGUCGACUGUGACUUUCGACAAUGUAACUCGUCCCUGUCUACCACUACUGUUGAAUCCUGCCUUAGGUGCCAAGACGUGGAAGGGUGUUUCAAGGAUACGGAGGGCGGUUACUGUAAAGUCUGGGACCAGAGCCGAUGUCCAAAAGGUUUUGUCUAUCCCCUCUACAACGACACGACGCGCAUUGAACAGGUCCUGACAGGUCACAACGUGAAGUACGUGCCGGCAGAUGGCGGCCCUCUGUACCACUGUCAGGUCCGCUUCUCGUCCUGGGGAGCUACCCUGUUCAUCCAGGAGGGAGAACUGGACGUGCAGCUCGGCCAGGUGCUGUCCAGUCCUCAGGCGGGCGGCGUGCUGCACAAGGUCGAACAGGUUGUGACUGAAGGUGCCUACACUCUAGUGGCUGCGCAUCCUGCCAGGCUGGAGGACAUGUUUAACUACGCGGACUUCAGCCAGAGGGUCCGACUGGAGCCAGUCGUGGACUUCAGCAUCAUGGAACAAGAACCGCCACUUUCUGUCGUGCAGAGCGUGAUUCGAGGGAACGGGACGUUUCACGGAGACAACACACACGUGAUAAAUCCUGCCGUGGUGGUUUACAAAUGUGUGGGACCCAGCGGCAGCCUACGCCUCGUUUUCCAUGAGAGUGACCCUAACCUGCCGGACAUCACGGUCGGUGACGUCAUCGUGGGGAACCAUAGUAACGGGAUGCUGGAGAUUUUAACCAAGCCGCUGUACAUCACAGCCUUCGGGACCGUCAUCCACACACACCUGGCGGAUUGCUCUGGAAGAAUAUAUAGUAUUCUCGAGCAGUUCCCGACCGUAAGUGGACACGCCGUGCCGCCUCCCCUGUCGUGUUCGGGCGGCCCCACGGGUGAGACCGGGCUGCUGAUUACCGAGGCUCAGGACCUCGUGGUGCUGCUCGGGACCCAUAUGGUGGUGGGCAGGAAAACGGGCAGGUUCGCCGUUAAGGUUCUGUCUAAACGCGUGGAAUCUGGCUUCAUUGUCAUGGAAGCAGAGUCCAUAGGCAUAGACACUUCGAAGAUGUCCAAAUCUCCUGGCAGUGUCGGAAAUAGUGAACUGAGAUGGCACAUAGCAGCUGCAGGUGAAGUCGCCAUGGCCGGAGAAUUCCAACUCAAGGCGAGUGUCAACGCCAGCUUCACUGCAGACAUCGGCCUGUCUAACACCCUGUCUACGGUAGGGUAUCGUCGGAGGACGCUUGAGAAAGCUGAAGUCCAGUUUAUAGGAGGAAAAGUGGAGAUAGAACUGGCAGGGGAAGCAGAGACAUUCCGAGGGUCUGCUUACCCUUACCGUGAUAGCCUGACGUUACAAACGUAUAAAGAGAAAGUGCGAGUCUGUAUCAUGGACGGCAUCUGCAUCCCAGGGGAAAAGUGGGCAUCGGUCAACCUGGAAUAUGCUCUAUAUGCAUCGUCGGCUGGAACCAUGAAGAUGACCGGGAAAGUGACAAAACCAGACAUAAACGCUUUUGCAGGAUGGGCUCCACAAGAUGGCAGCCAGUGGUUCCAGUUUAACCAGAAUGAAGAGACGUCUUCAUCAAACAUCAGCAUAACAUCGUACGAAGGUGAGGCGCUCGAAAGUGAUAAGUUUGUUGUCAUGGAGAUGGGGGCAACGCCCACGUUUUACCUGGACUUGCCUGCUUGGGACGAAUAUGCGAUGGACACAGCUACUGAGGGACUUCAGCAGUUGUUUGGAAAUCACAUUGAGGACAUCUUCCCUUACCGCAUGACGGCGUCUGUUGAGGCUAAGGCUCUCAUGAGGACCUCCACAGAGUCAUGUUCUCAGGAAUGUCCACAUGCUGAUCGUCCCCAGCGGGUCGGGGUGACGUCACUGUUAGACUACCUGAAGGGACGGCUUGAUGUCGAUCAAGUCAUUGCGGUCCACUCAGAAGAAAAGGUCUGGAGAGAUGGAACAUGGAUUGAAUCAGACGUACGUUGUGCAGCCCAGGCUACUAACAUCACCACCUGUGACAAAGCUUGUUCUUGUCCCGGUGGUGAGGAUUCCCUGUCACAUCCUGCCAACACCAGCGUCUGUCAAUGUCCCUGUAACUGCCCAGAUGGCGUCGUCCAUUUCACGCAUCCCGACAUCCCCGGCGGUGGAUGUAACUGUGAGCCGUGUCCUGACGGCUCUAUGAAGGUCCCGGAUGAGGAAGGCCGGCUCCACUGCCCGUGUCUGUGUGCCCACAACAGGACCAGCGAGAUGAUACCGGGUGGUGGGGGCAAAUGUGACUGUUCCUGUCCAUGUGAUGACGGCAGCAGUGACGUCAUCGCGGCAGAUGGCAGCUGCCCGUGCAGGUGCACCUGUAGAAACUGUCAGGAGUCCGUCCUGGGUCCGCACGGCUGUCUCUGUUCGGACAGCUGCCCUGACUGUGAGAAUGGAGAGGAGCCGGUGUGGGUAGAAUGUAGCUGCAGGUGUCCACAGAAGACUAAGUGUGGAGUUCCGCCCACAUGUGUGGUGGGUAGGAUGGGCGUGGACUGUAGGCAGCCGGACUGUAGACCUUGUCAAGGCUGUUCUGGCAACGGCCAUUGCAGGACCUGGACUGACAGCUGUCAAUCAUCCUGUGUGUGUGGCAGUCAGUGGUUUGGUGACUGUUGUCACCUGAGGAGGCCGAGACCUGUCGGAGGAGAUCCGCAUCUUCAGACGCUCGAUGGUCGUGCAUUCGACUAUCACGGCAUCGGAGAGUUUUGGGAUUGCAAAAGUCCAGAAAACGACUUCGGCGUGCAGACCCGCAUGUUCGGAUUCAGGGGUGCCUCUCUGGUCGGAGCUGCGGCAGUGAAGACAGGGCACAGCGUCGUUACCAUAACAACACCGGAAAACGCUACUGAGAAGAGCUUGUCGAUUUUAAGCUAUUGA